AUGGCUUUCGGCGGCGUGGAGCAGUUCUACGGAGGCGUGCUGCACGCCAGUAGUUUACCUAUCCUACCCGCCCACUCUUACCAGCGACCCCCGUCCCCUGACCUGUGGGCAGGCCUCGAGAAGAUCAUCGGGCCGCCGCUCAUGGUGGACGGCUCGCUCCUCAAGGCCAUGGAGACGGAGCACUGCGAGAAGAAGGAUGCGGACGUGCCGUUCGACACCUCCAACGGCAUCAAGGGCGCGACCUCCAAGCUGGAGUGGGAGUUUGUCGUCGCGCCUGUCGAGGACCAGGACGGCCGCUACGCCGAGCGCGGCGGCGACUUCCGCACGGCCCACCCCGAGUGGUGCCGCAAGCCGGAGCCGCUCUCGGUCUACGAGAAGAAGAUGGCGGACGAGAUGAACCCGAAGCUCGUUAAGGCGGGGCAGGCGCCGCUCACCAAGGAGGAGCUGGUCGCCGGCCGGCUGUACACGGGGCCGAUGUACGAGAAGUACAACGGCGUCCUUCGCUUCUCCUCAGCGCGCGGCGCCGACGGCGCGGUGCGGCUGGAGUACGCCUCGGAGAAGGAGGUGCCCUUUCUGCAGAAGAAGUGCGGCUUGCUUAACCUCGGCGAGUGGGCUGCGACGGCGGCAGGCAAAGGCGAGGCCGCGGUGCGCUGGACGUGGCACAACCAGUACUCGACCACCAUCCACGCGAUCAACUCGAUCAUUGUCAAGCUGUCGCCGCUGACCAAGAUCACGCCGCUCUACCGCGGCUGGGCGGGCGCCACGCUCCCGGAAGCCUUCUUCAAGCCGGACGCGCUGGGCUUCCGCGGCGGCGUCGAGUACGGCUUCUCGUCGACCACCACCGACCGCGCGCAGGCGGUGCACUACGCGGAGGGCAAGGCGUCGACGGUGCUCGAGCUCGGGAUGGGCAUGAUCGACCGCGGCGCCGACAUUGCGUGGCUCUCGCAGUACCCGCACGAGAGGGAGACGCUGCUGCCGCCGCUCAUGGGCCUGCAGGUGCGGUUGACGGGCGUGGAGGGCAGCACGCUCGUCAUCCAGUGCAGCUUCUCCAUCAACAUGGCCUCGCUCACGCUCGAGCAGGUGGCGGGCAAGCGCAAGAAGCUGCUCACCGACAUGGGCGCGCAGAUGGCGGCGGAGGUGCGCCGGGGGGUGGCUGGGGAGGCAGCGGAGGAGGCGUCGCAACUAGUUCGCAUGCAUCUCGGCCUCGAGCGCGGCGCGGACGCCGGUGCGGCGGACGAGCGGCUCGAGGCGCCGCUCGGCGACGAGGCUGAGGCGUACAACAACGACCUGCGCUUCCAAGCGGCGGUGGGCGAUGCGCUCAAGGUGAAGCGCGCGGCGGUGCUCGCGGCGACGAUGCAGCACGGCGGCGGCAGCGGGCUUGCCGCGGCGAUGGAUACGGUACUGCCGCUGCAGGCCAGCGGCGUCGAUUUGACGGGGUUCCCCCUUGGGACUACCGGCUGGAUCAAGGCGAGCGAGGUCGAGGGCGAGUCCAAGGAGGUCGGGGCGAAGGUGAUCUACCAGGGGCGCGAGAUGGUCGUGAGCACGGGCGUGACUCGCGACUCCGAGGACGAGGAGGACGGCAAACUGAAGCUGGUCGAUGACGGGAUGGUGGGAACAGUGGUCGCGUGGAUGGAGUCGGAGCCGUCGGCGCUGACGUCGCUGACGCUCGAUUGGGGCAAGGUGUGCGGCCGCGUGCGGGAGGCGCUGCUCGGCGCGGUGCGGAAGACGCACACGCUCGUCGCGCUGAGCGUGGGCGAGGAGCGCGCGAUCCCGCUCAACCCGCUGCAGCUCCGCGGGCGCGAGGCGGUGCCGUCGCUCGACUUGUCGGGGAAGGUCCUCGGACCCGGAUCGGCUGCGGUCGUCGCGGCGGGGGUUUCGGUCAACGGGGUGCUGACCUCCUUGAACAUGGGCGGCAACGAGAUCGGCCCCACCGGCGCGACUGCGAUCGCCGAGGCGCUGCGCGGCAGCGGGGUGCUGAAAAACCUCGACCUCGGCGAAAACGAGAUCGGCGACGAGGGCGCGAAGGCGAUCGGCGGCGCUCUCGCAGUCAACGGGGUGCUGACCACUCUUGACCUUUCGGGCGACCCAUACACCAGCAGCGGCGGCAUCGGCCCCGAGGGUGCCAGCGCGAUCGCAGAGGCCCUUAAGGUCAACGAGGCGCUGACCAACCUCGUGCUCAUGUACAACAAGAUCGGCGACGAGGGCGCCGCUGCGCUGGCCUCCGCUCUUCGCGUCAACGGGGUGUUGAACACCAUCAACCUCGCCCGCAACGACAUCAGCGGCGAGGGCGCCGUCGCGAUCGCCGACGCCCUUCGCGUCAACGGGGCGCUGACCAAGCUGAACCUGCUGUACAACGAUUUGGGCGACGAGGGAGAGAAAGCGAUUCGCGAUGCGGUGAGCGAGCGGGAAGGAUUCGAGCUCCAGUGUCCAGAUGUGAGUGGGCUCUGA